AUGAGCCUUGAUCCGAGCUCGUUUCCAAGGUCCAAUUCCCCCGCAAGCUCCGAUAGCUCUUUGACACGCUCCCGGCUACGGGGGAAAGAAGGUUCCUUGAAAAAGGAUAAGAAUUACCGCCGAUAUGCUUCCAGCGUCGAACGUGCCCUGUCGCUCUUCGACAACACCCUUCAGGAAUGGGCGGAUUAUAUCUCGUUUCUGAGCAGGCUUCUUAAAGCACUCCAGUCUCAUCCGCCGGAUUAUCCUGUCGUUCCCCAGAAGGCUGUAGUUGCGAAGCGGCUAUCGCAGUCUAUGAACCCAUCCUUGCCUUCGGGAGUCCAUCAGAAAGCGCUCGAAGUCUAUACCUAUAUCUUUAACCUAAUCAAACCAGAAGGACUCUCCCACGAUCUUCCGUUGUACUAUCCAGGAAUUGCUCCGACACUAACGUUUGCCUCGCUUACCGUUCGACCGCUCUUCUUGUCUUUGGUGGAGACAUACGUUUGCGAUUUGGAGCCAUGGGCUAUCCGUCCAGCUUUAAAGGCGAUUAUUCUAUCGUUACUACCCGGACUAGAGGAGGAAACAAGUGAUGAAUUCGAACCUACACUGCGUUUGAUAAACACCCUGCGUGAAAUUGCUGGUCGAAUGGACACGCAACGGCCAGGGGCGGAGGCGAACGCAACCGGCCAAUAUUUCUGGCAAUGCUUUUUUCUUGCCUCGAUUACUAGUCCUAGUAGGCGUCUAGGUGUACUGGCUUACUUGAACCGAUACCUUCCCAAGCUAGGCAUUACAGACCGGAGACCUAGCCGAGACGAUGAGGCAGAUGCUUCUGCCAUGCCGCAUGAUAUACUGGUGGCAGUGGACUCGGUCAUUUUGCCCGAGCCCGGUCUGCUUAUUCGGUGUUUCGCAACAGGUCUAACUGACGAGCAAGUCUUGGUCCAGCGCAACUUUCUCGAUCUGCUGGUCACGCAUCUGCCUCUGAGUUCGCCGAUAUUGCAAUCUCGGAUAACAGAAAAUGACCUUCAACGGCUCAUUCUCGCAGCAGCAGGUGUGGUUUCCCGUCGAGAUAUGAGUUUGAAUAGGAGACUUUGGGCCUGGCUUCUCGGACCUGACCCUGUGGGUGAUCGAGUAUCCUUCGAGGGCCGCCCCUCAACGUCCAGUGGACCUCCUAAGCCAGUCGCCCAAAACCAAGAACUUUCACAAUCUCAAUAUUUUAGCCGGUUUGGUCUCAGUCCUUUGGUUAAAGGCUUGCUUCAAAUGCUUCAAAGGGAUGUUGAUGUGCCUUCAGAGAGGGCGCGGCCUUUCCGGAUUACGCUCUCGCUCAUGGACCGGUGGGAGGUUGGUGGCCAUGUCGUGCCUGCGGUCUUUUUACCGUUCAUACAAAGCGUUCAGGUUUACGAACAGACAGCCCCGAAAAACAAUUUCGAUGAAGUAUUUCGCAGUGCGGCAUCAUUUUUCGAUGGUGUGGAAAGUGGCAUGAUCUUUUCGGAGCUUCUCAAUUUAAUCGACUGGGACACGAAAAGCCUCGCCCAAGACAUAGCCCAAAUAUUGGAAAAUUUGAACUUAGCCCUUUUCAUAUUGGGUCACUUCAAUGUUCGUGAAGAGGAUAUGGUCUUGAACCACGCUCCGCUGCUGACCCUCUCCGCUCUUGUCAAAAUGAGUGAGUUGUCUUCCAAGGAUAUCCCGCCAGUGUCUCAAGACCAAUUACGAGAUAUAUUAUCGGGCCUAUCCAAGGUAGUGACUGCCUUGACUGGGUUACUGACAGAGCGCGCUUUCCUUCGAAAAUCGGAUUUUAAAAAUUCUCCGAGUGGCCAGCCAGUACUUAAUCUUCCAGGGUCGGCGACCUUGGGGAAGAUACAUACAUUUUAUGAUCAAAGUAGGAACAGUCUGGAUCCCCAGCCACUCCCGUUUGCGCCUCGGGACCUAGCGGAUUUAAUCAUCAAGAAUGUUUAUGAACAGGCCAUAUCAGCCGUUGGCGACCGCAAUGGCACUAUCUCAAUAUCAGAAAGAUUGAAACUCCUGGUAGUGGUACUGAAGAAGCUUCCCAGAUCGCGUAUCUUGCGGGAUAAGCGACUCUAUAUGGCCAUUAACAACCGGAUCCAAGUGACCACGGCCGAACCAUCAACAACCUCAUUCUCACUCAUUUACUCCAUGACAUCCACCAUAACGAACCUGUAUUGCACUCACAAACUUGGCUAUUAUAUCAGUUAUGAGGACGUCUCUGACGUAAUUCCGCCGCUCGUGAGACAGCUCUGGCAGUUUCUUUCGCCAUUAAGUCCAAAAUUCCAUGUUGAAGCCGUUCGUUGUUUGUGGAAUCUGCACUCUGUCUCAUGGUCCGAUCACUUAGUUGAAUCUUCGAUUACAUCUUUGAUGUUUACUUCACCGGCUGCUGGAUCAUACCAGCUCUCCUCCGAGGAAGAAGCUGGUAGAUACUUCAUUCUUUGGAACCACAGUCACCAUGGCACAUAUGAACUUCCUCCGAAACACUCGCAGGAUUCGGUCCAAUCGCAAGCCUCUUACCAUUCUUCAAUGCUUGAACGUCCCCUUUUCACGGUUCUCGAUUUGUUAUCCCAAGGGUCAACCCAGCCUGCCCAGAUCGUCCAAGCGUGGCUCCAGGACCUGCCCUCAAUAGGAAAAGUGUUCCGUAUAGUUAUCUCAAAACUUGAGAGCGUUUUACAACGGGGAAAUCAACUGGGGAGCUUUGAAGGGAACACUGUCGUGUCUCCUGAUGACUAUACCGAAUGCAUAUACCUUUUGGAGACAAUGCACAAUACAUUGGGUGCUCUUACUCAUAAUGGCUGGGUUUCGCUACUUACCCAAACAAUGGUACAACAUCAUAGAUGGCACGAUGCCUCCACUUCAGAAGACAACGCAGAAGCCCCCAGCCUUCACUCCAUUCUAUUCCAAGCUUCCCUGAAGGUUGUCAGUGGGUACAUGUCGGGCUCAGAAACCGCAAAUGCGGAGGAAGUGAGAUUGCAGCAGAUAUCUCUUGUGGUUAUGCGUCAACUACUGCUAGGACCGGGCGUCGAAGAACUAGUAGAGUCUGGAAUCGACUCACUCCUGGUUGAUCGACUUCUGCUCAAUCUUGACGAAGGUGGAGAUGUUGCCAUUCAAGCGGCUUUAAUCGACACUCUUCUUGCUGUUUUGAAGGCCCGCUUUACCCAAGCCUAUGUACCACCUGCCCCUCCAAAACCCAAGCACCAGAGAGCAGGCUCCCGGGAAAAAUUGACCAGCCCAUCAAUUUUGUCCUUUACAAGUGACAAGCCAGAUAAAUCACCCGUGGUGGGCCCUUCACCUGAGCCUCCCCGGCGUCUCCUGGAUUGUCUUCUCAAAGGUAUCAGCUCCCACAAUUCUAGAGCGAUCAUCGAUAAAUGGACGAUGCUACUUUGUGAAAUACUUCCUCUAUAUUCCGCGUCUAUCUUUCAGAUCCUUUUGACCUUGGUGGAUUGCCUGGGCAAAGAGAUCAAACAGUCUUACAUGAGCCUCCAGUCUACCUUCAACGAGACGAAAAGUUGGCCGGGGGAUCGCUCGGAACAGACCACUAUAUCCCUUCUCGCCGGAUUUGAAACAUGCAUUGCAGCUGCUCAUGAGCGCCUUCUCAUAGAAGACGUACAUGUCCCUGCGGCUAAGAGUCCAGACCAAACCCAUGGGUUCUUUGGGAAUAUGGUGUCGGGGGUUUUCACAUCUGAUUCAAAUCAUCCACGCUCUGCCACUAUGAAUAACAGACUCACUGUACUGCUAUCAUUUCAGGACGCUGUCCGUCUCUGCUUUUCUAUUUGGUCGUGGGGUGCCGCAGAACGGACUAGCCUCCCUCAGGACGCGCAAUCGAUUGCUUCGUUCCAGUAUACUUCGCUACGGAUGCGAAAUAGGUCCCGUCGGAUCCUUGAGCACCUGUUCACAGCGGAGGCAUUGGAAUGCCUUGAAACAAUGGUAGAUAUGUGGAUUAAGUCUGACACUGAUACGUCACCGCUCAUAUUCAGUCUGCUUCAUACUUUGGAUGGAUCUCGCCCUAAAAUUGCUGUGCCGGCCAUUUUCAAUGCCAUUUAUACGCGAACAAAUCCAGCUGCGCUUGAACCGAGCCGCAAGUCAACCAUGACGACAAACCUGACGGAGUCUGAACUAGCAGGGUUUUUGGUAACUUAUGCUAGAUCGCUCGAUGAUGAUGUCCUUGAUGAGAUAUGGGCGGACUGCACAACUUUCCUCCGUGAUGUGCUGAGUAACCCUUUCCCCCAUAGACAUAUUCUUCCAAGGCUAGUCGAGUUCGCCGCUAUUCUGGGAGCAAAGUUAGAAAACACGAACUUUGGCGAAGAUCGUCGAAUGAGAAAGGAACUGGGCGAUGUACUUCUGCGCCUUCUCACUGCAAUAUUCACAAGCAAACCUCUAGGCCUUUCGCAAGACCAAGGACUUCUGGGUCGGAGCUCGGUGGAUUAUGACAAUUCAUCUGUGCCGCACAUAGGACCGGACGAUAUGAUGAGCAUCCUUGCCACGUCUAUGCCCGCGUUCUCAACGACCUUAGGGGACUUAGAUCGAAUCACGACGGCGGUUUCGGGUAUAUCCACCAACGUGAUCGGCCCGUUCAUACGCUCUCGGCUCUUUCCCAAUAAUCUCAGUCGCAGCUUUAUGACUUUGCUCCAGCUUAUUGCUAAAAUCCCCCAGGCGGCAAAAGUGUGGAAAAAAGACGUUGCAGAGGCCUUCAAUGAUCCAAGAUUCUUCGGCUCGCACCUCGACCUUGUAAAGGACGGUUGGAUGACCCUUUUGCGGCAAUGGGUCUUAGUUGAUAAGGACCGGUUAUCUGAAAUAAUGUCUCGCCUUACCCCACCGGCCACGGCAGGGAUAAUGUUUGGUGUCGGAGCUUCUGCUGCUCGUUUGGACGCCGAUCAUAAAGCACAGUUGAAUCUCCGUAGGAUAAGCCUUAUCAUAUUGUCUGCAAGUGAUGAUUAUUUCAUCACGGAGAUGCCAGCGUUACUGCAGAAGCUGGAGGAUCUCUUAGGUGCCACCGCUUCGUCAUCACCAUCGUCCGCGACGAGAGCCGAGGUCUUUAUGGUUCUUCGAGCCCUCACCCUCAAGAGCACAGCGACUACACUCUGUCAAUUCUGGCCGCUGAUCAAUGGCGAACUCCAGGAAGCCAUCUCGGCGAUUCCAAUGGGAAACCAACAAGAACUAUAUAGUUCAUACUCGCUUCUCCAAGCCUGCAAACUUUUGGACACGUUACUUGUUCUCGCUCCUGACGACUUCCAGCUACUUGAGUGGCUCUAUGUAACGGAUACUGUUGACGCCAUAUACCCCCCAGACCGAUUUGAACCGAUGGCCCUCGCAGACGAGGUAUCUCAUAACUUAGGAGUCCGGUGGUCUACGUCGUCUGAUCCAGCGAGGGAAGUGGCUGGCCUCCACCGUGGCGUAAGGUACCCAGGUUUGACGGCGGACUGGAUACGCGAGACGGCGAAGGAUGAGAUCGUCGAUCGUGUGCUUCGACCAUUUUUCGACCAACUCAGUAUCCAUGCAUUUGAGAGCACCUACAGUGUCAGCAAUCCUAACUUGGAGGCGUGCCGCGAUGAUCUGCUGGCAGAUUUGUUCAACGAGAGUACCAUGGCUAAUUAG